AUGGCCGAUAAAAUGGAGACUUUCGCCGCCCGCCUGGCUACCUUCGACGCCAUCUUGCCCUCAGUUAAUUCGAGGACUUCCAGCUCUCGCGCCAUCCAGCCCAUUGCUUGGCCGUACGGCUCACCAACUCCAGAGCAGUUGGCCCAUGCUGGAUUCUUUUUCAAUCCCUAUGACACAAACCCGGAUAACACGACGUGUUUCCUCUGCACACGCGCCCUAGAUGGCUGGGAGGAGGGCGACAAUCCCAUCUCCGAACAUUUGAAACACUCACCCGACUGUGGGUGGGCCAUAGUUAUGGAUAUUCAGCAAAGAAGUUCCAAUCCUACAGAAAUCCAAGAUCCGACCAGUGAUGCCAUCACCGACGCCCGGAGAGCGACAUUCUCCAUCGGUUGGCCACACGAGGGCAAACGUGGAUGGCUAUGUCAAUCAACCAAGAUGGCAGAAGCGGGUUGGUACUUCUGUCCAAAUGACGAGAGCCCAGACUUGGCUAGCUGCCCUUACUGUAAGCUGUCACUGGAUGGCUGGGAAGAAACGGAUGACCCAUUUGAGGAGCAUCAUCGGCGCUCGUCCGAUUGUUCCUUCUUUGUAUUUGCACUGCCAACCACCAAAUCAACGAAAAAAGGGUCACGGUCGAAAAAGUCACGCGUCUCAAAGGCAUCGCGACUUUCAACACAGUCUGUCAUGACAACCACUUCAGAGGCACCUAUCAUCGAUGAAGACGCAAUGGACAUGAGCACGAUAUCUCAGUCAGCAGCCAAAAAGACGAAAGGUACAAAGAAAACAACAAAGUCACGAGCUAAGAAAUCAAAAAAAGCAGAACCCGUGGAAGUAGAACCUAUCGGAGAAGCAGAAUCGCCAGAUGUAGAAGUUGUUGAAGCUCAUCACGCAGAAGAGAAAAUACCCUCGCCACCCAAACCUACACGCGCAACUCGAGGUCAGAAACGAACUAGUGAAGCUAUCACUCAAGAUGCGUCUGGAGAUGGAGUUUCUUAUACAGAAACUGAAUUAAUAGAACCCUCCCCAAAAAGAAGAGCGACUGCAAUCCGAAGCAAGACAGCACAAUCUCAACCUAGUACACAGCAAACUGAUCUCGAUGAUGUGGUCGACGAAGAAAUGACGUCUCCAGUAGUGACAAAGAAAGGCCGAAAAGGCACUAAGAAGAGUGCAAGUACUAAGGCACGAAAGACGUCGACAGCAUCCACUACUGCGAAGGCUGCAAGUAAUCGUGUCCGAGAUGAAUCUAUACUGGACGCUGCCAUUGAAGCAGAUCUUGCUCGCAACCUAGAGGAUACGGAGCCUUUCGAAUUUCAUUACAAGGACGAGGAAAGGGAGAGUGCCAGAUUUAGGAAACAAUCUAUCACCGCUUCAGUGACGACUGUUUCUGGAACAGAAAACGGUCCGGACACUUCCCAGAUGGUCACUAUCGAGGAUCAUCAUGAACACUAUCAUGAGCCCGAGAAUGAUGCUGAAAUUAAAUCGGUCCCAGAGGUUAUUGUCGAAGUUCCCGCCGAAAUCAAGGCCAAGAAACAACCCAAACGCAAACCUGCUGCCAAGAAGUCAAAGAAGGGCAAAGCGUCUUCUCAGCCUGAGCCUGAGCCCGAACACGAAACGCAGCCAGAGUUGAUGGAAUUGAAGCCUGACAAUUUCGUUCAAGACCAAGACCUGCCGGUCGAGCCAGAGAAUGUUAGACAAUAUGAGAAUCACUCAGCAGAUAAGGAGGGCAUUGUUACGAGCCCUGUACAGAGGACACUUGAUUCUGAUGAGAUUGAGCCCAUAGAGCCCCAACCAGUUCCUCAGCAGGAGACUGCCAAAGCUUCGUUGAAAAAACAAGGGAGAAAGGGGGCGACAGGCAAAGCAAAACGGAGUAAAAGAACCACCAAAACUGAAGAUAGUGUGAUGGAAUCUUCUUCUCCUAUUGCAGUCAGGGAUGAACCCCCACCUGUAUCCAACCAACUGACAGGAAAAAAUGCCUCAAAACGAAAAUCGCAAAACUUGGACCGGGACAUUGACGAAUCUGAUCCACACGAAAUUCCAACAGAGUCCGACGCCCCCGAAACGGAGCCUGAGCAAGUCAAGGUAAAAGUAAAGCGAGGACGACCAUCAAAAAAUCUCGACGAACAUCAGCCAGAGCCCAUACCACAGGCGAAGACUAAGACUAAGCGAGGUCGUCCGUCGAAACAAACUCAAAUACAGUCACAAGAAGUUCAACAAGAGAUCGAGAUUAAACUUCCCUCUAGUAAAUCAGCAAAGCAAACUCGUGAGCGUGAGCAGAGCUCUGAUCAGCACGGUCUACCACAAGUUCCCGAGCAGAGCCAAGAGUCUGACCAAGAAGCUGUCCAAAAAUCUAGUCAAACAGCUGACGAUAGACCGAAGCGUGGGUUGUCUUCAAAGGUCGAAUUACCCCCAAAGACCGCGAAGCGUUACAGUGAUCUCCCUAAAGACAGGCAUCGGGCCCAAAGUUUCAUAGAAUCGGUUACAAAUGACAAUCACUCCCCGAGCAGAACGGAAGUCCUUGGGCGUACCGGAACACAAGAAAGAACACCAUCACCAUCGCCUCAAUCAUCUGAUGCAGAAAAUCAACCACCUUCAGCGCGGUUGCCAUCUGCGCGGCCGCCUGUGUUCUCACCUGCGAAAGCACAGAUUACACGGGUACCUCUCGCAGCAAGCACACCAACACUGUCGCCAUCAAAACGCCAACUUACUACAGGCUAUCUGUCCUCCAGUCAUUCAUGGAAACCAUCGGAUAUCGAAGAGCUUCUUGGUAGCUUGGGCGAUAAAGAGAAUAUUGACUUUACCAAUGCAUUGAAAAACGGAAAGGAAUUACUCACCAGCCCGGAGAAAAGGAUGACUGUAGAGGAAUGGGUCGCAUUCAAUGCGAAGGACGGUGAGGAAAGACUCAAACGUGAAUGCGAGAGGCUCAUUAGCGUUUUUGAGACCGAAGGUGGUCGAGCCAUGAGAGCGUUGGAGGGUAUCGAGUGCAUUGAAUGA